AUGAUACCCAAAGGGACUUUUAUAAAAAGAGAAUCUACGGACGUUCCACAGAAAAAAAAGUCAUUUGAUUUACAUAAAGUUUCCAGUCGAAGGGUAAAAGUAUUUACAUUAUCACCAAAAUCGCCUACUUCAUCUUUAAAUAUAAUUUUGGGCGUCAAUCGAGCUGAAACUUUAGAUGGAUGUUUAGAAAAUAUAGCCUAUGUAAAAUCGAGCUAA